AUGACAGACAAAGAAAAAGCUGCAGAACGUCUUGCGUUUUCGCGAAGAAGUCAUAGAGGACAACUAACGAAACUAACGAAGAGAGCUGACGAGUUUAUCGAAAACUUUGACGAACUCUCGGACGACGAACUAGACAAGCUCGAAUCAACCAUGGACAGCAUCAGAUCGAAAAUCAACUUUCUCAAGCAACUCGAUGAGGAAUUACUGGAGCUGAUACCAACUAAGGAACUAGAGGAAGCAGUGAUCACAUUCGACGAUUAUCUUCUCGAUGUUCAGGAAAAUUACGACGUUCUUCAGAUGCGCCUAAAACGCUCACGUGGUAGAUGUACACGCAAGACCACAUCCGACCCAACGACAAAGGACAAGUCGAAUUGUCGCUUGCCGAAACUAGAUUUAGAAACUUUUAGUGGAGACAUUUUGCUUUGGCAAACGUUCAUCGACGGAUUCAUAGCAUCUGUUCAUAAUAACUCUAAGCUUGAGGACAUAGAAAAGUUUCAGUACCUCAAGAGACAACUCAAAGGUGAAGCUGCUCGGACUAUUCAUGGCUUAGCAUUGACAAAUUUGAACUACGCCCAUGCAAUGGAAAUAUUAAGAAAACGCUACGGUCAAAGACAUAAGAUCGUUGCCGCCACGAUGAAAGCGCUAAUGGAGUUACCAGUGACGACGUCCGCUGACGCCAAAGGAUUACGUCAUUUCUACGACACGCUCGAAAGUCAUGUUCGCACCUUGGACACGCUUGAGAAAGAUCAAUCAUCAUACGGGGACUUUCUUGUGUCCAUUGUGUUGGAUAAACUACCCACGUCCACCAAGCAACAGCUUGCUCGGGAUCAUGGUUCCUGUGAAUGGUCAUUACCCGACCUACGCGUAGCUUUGGGAGCAGAAAUCGAAGCUCUUGAGGCAGGUGACGUAUCAGCAGAUAGUUCGUCUGCCUGUUCAGGAUACAGCUCGGAACUGCAAAGCACAGCAGCUUUUCAUACCAACGUCAAAUCGCAACGGAAACCGUACUGUGCAUUCUGUAAAGGGACGCAUUACUCAGGAGAGUGCACGGUGUAUGCUAAACCUGCUGAUCGCUUGACUCAGACGCGGAAACUUCAACUUUGCUUCAACUGCCUUGGUCGUCAUAAAAUCAAGGACUGCAAGUCAAAGUUUACGUGUCGCAAAUGUAAGAAGAGACAUCACACUGCCAUUUGUUCGGGGUCAAGACCUGAUGAGAAGGAAACAAACUCUAAUAACCAAAACACAACGCAACAAUCAGAACGAGAAACGACCGAGUCUGAAGAAACUGUUCAGUCAGUCACAACAGGCUGUACAGACGAAAUGACUGUCACCCACGUAGGGAAAUCCGGGUCUGUUUUACUGAAAACAGCUGUGACGGACGUCUCGUCCUCAACAGCGUCAUGCAAGGCGACCAUCCUAUUCGACGAGGGAUCGACACGCUCUUUCAUCACCACGGAAUUAGCAGAGAAGCUGAGUGCAACGUCGAAUGGUUCUCACACGCUUUCCCUUACCACAUUUGGGGGUAAGCCAGGCUCAGCUAGAAAGUUCGACGAAGUAACUUUCUCCGUACAUACGAUUUCCGGUGAGAAGAUGCAGAUGUCAGCAUUGGUUGUACCUCGCAUAUCGCAAAUGAACAAUCGCAUCAACUCAUCGCUACUUUCGUUACCUCACCUACAGGGAUUAACUCUCGCCCAUCCGAUCUCAAACGUCGAUUCAUUACAAAUCACGCUUUUGAUUGGAGCUGAUUUCUUCUGGGACUUCGUAGAGGAUCACGUAAUUCGGGGCCCAGGACCUACUGCUGUUCGCUCUAAACUUGGCUAUCUUCUCUCGGGACAUCUACAUUCGCAAACUAAAGACUCUCAAGCCUUAUCGCAUGUGAUUUCAACAGAUACGAGCCAAGAUGUGAGUGAUUAUCAGCAGUACUGGGAUCUUGAAACGAUAGGAAUCAAAGAUGAUCCCUGUCGGGCCAUGGCGGAUGACACUGAUCGUUACAAGUCAUUCUGCAAGACUCACUUGCGCCACGAUGGCACACGCUAUGUGGCUAGUCUUCCUUGGAAGGAAAAUCACAAUCCGCUACCAACCAACUAUGACGUUUGUGUGAAACGCACACGAAACACGAUUCAAAGACUUAGUUCUGAAUUACGUCGCACUUACGAUAGCAUUAUUCAGGAUCAAGUCGCACGUGGAUUUAUUGAAGAAGUCAUAGGCGAUGAUCUAACUAGUGGUCACUACUACCACACCACGCGGUUAUGA